CAGUAAACUUAAACUUAAUUAAGCUUCAUUUUCUCAUUCAAAAUAUUUUAUCCGAUUCGAUCCGACCCGACCCUGAGCUUUGAUCCAAGCACAAUGGCCAAUGCUAAGCUUCUCACUGUGCUUUUAGCUUUUCUUGUCAUUUCCAUGCUUGCUACUGAGGCUCUCGCAAGGCAUUAUCAGUAUGGAAAUGGGAGUUUGAAGCCUUAUCAAUGCCAAGGAAGGUGUACACAGAGAUGCUCAAAGGCUAGAAAAACUCAUGAAUGCAUGUUCUUUUGCCUAAAAUGUUGCGCAAAAUGUUUGUGUGUACCACCAGGUACUUACGGCAACAAACAACUAUGCCCUUGUUACAACAACUGGAAGACCAAGAGAGGUGGCCCUAAAUGCCCUUAAUUCGAUGAUCAACCAUCCCUAAUUAAUUUUUCAGAACUACUAGAAUUUAUGUAUGUAGUCAAUUCCGAUCUUUUGGAAUUCAGACUCUGAUAUUGACAUUAUUAUAUUAAAACGUGUGCGUAAGGUUUUUUUUUUCCUAUUGUUAUGUUUUUAGUAAUUUUUGAACUGUCAUUGUAUGUAUUACUUGCUUAUUUCAUUAGCUAAAUUAUCCCAUUGCUCCAUUGUGGGGUCUAGUAAAAUGUUGUACACCCCCAUACUAGAGAGCUUUAUUGGGUAAGUAUUUUGGCUAUUGUUAUUUGUUACAAAUUUCAUGUUAAAAAUAAAUUAAAAAUGUUGACAUUUG